UUUGUCGUUAUCCUUUGUCACCUUCUGUUUACACCAAUGCGUGUGGUAUGUACCUAAGAGGGGUUGAAUAGAAUGAGAACGUGAUCAACAUCUCUUGAAAGCGCUGUAAUGGCGGGAAUGUCAUGGAACAGAAUAUUGUUUCACAUGUGCAUAUUUUCUGUAUUAAUUACUACUAAUUGUUCAUUUGUAAUGUUAUUAUAAAUUUGUAUAUUUUUUUUGUAUCAGUGUGAAUUAACGGCUAUUAUUUAUUUAAAUGUUCAUAUGUGUACAACAGUGCUAGUAAAUUGUCGAACUAUUACGCGUAAGAAGAGGUUAUCUCGUGACAAAAUUAUAAUUUUUGAUUGUAAGGCUUAACAUUAAAGUACAUGUGCACUGUUUCAAUAAAUUUCCUUCAUAAUGGAUAGUUUAGCGACACAGAUUUUGGAAGACAAUGAUUGUCAGCCAACACAGCAAAUAUCUUCUCCUGUAAAUCAAGACAAAACAUCAACAACACAGAUCGGAGUGUUAACUGUUGGUUCUACUAGAUACCCAGUUAAAAAAGGAAUUAAUAAAAUUGGAAGACAUCCAACAUGUAACAUUAUACUGAAUGAUCACACGGUAUCAAAGAAACAUGCAGAAAUUGAAGCUAACAGCCCCGAAGCAACGAUAUGGAUCUGCGACCUGCAUUCUUCCAACAAGACAAAACUAAACAAUUCAGUUUUACGGCCAGGUCGGUGCUACGAGCUUAAAGAUGGAAGCGUUCUCGGGUUUGGGAUGAUACAAGCGAUCUUCGAAGUCUGUCCAUUAUUGGACGACUCCGCGAUCCCAGAAACUCCAUUACCAUCUCGACAAAAAAAUCAGCUAGUUAUUCCAGGAACACCUGACUCGUCAACUGAGAUGAGUAACGCAUCCACUAUGGGAGACGUGUCCACGAUCCCUGCGACCCAAGCUAACGAUCGGGAACCAACGUUUCGACGUCCAUCCGUUCCUCAAAGGAAUUCUACGGGCAGCAAGAAGAAGCAUUUUCCUCGUGACUCCUCCGUCGACGACAGCCUAGACGAUUCUAGGAGUUUUACCACGGGAGACAAAGAAAAUGUAGGUAAACCGAAAGUCAACACUCACGAUCUGGAGACCCAGAAGCAAUUCGAAUCGCAAAACGAAACGAGCAUCGAUAUUCACGAUAUCGAGACUCAAAAGAUUGACCUGAGCAACAUCAAAAUUUCUACGGGUCUACCGCAACAGGAAGUAGUCGAUAUUCAUGACAUGGAGACACAGAAAGAGGAAACUGAAGAUAACGUAACUGGUACUAGUGGAACGAAUGUGUCAUAUGACGUGGACAUUCAUGAUAUGAUAACACCGAAGAGAUUUUGUACUGAAAAUGCAGAUGAUAAUACUCAAAAUGAGAAUCUUGAGACCACUACAGAGUUGUUAAAGAUUCCAGUUAGAGAAGAGAUGUCCUCUUUGAAUAUAGAAAUUACAGAUGAAGGUGAAACAGCAGAUGAUGCGAAGGACAAGGAAAUGAAUCCUGAAGAGUUCCUGCAGUUGUCGCCCGCCACGAAUUUCGAGGAGGAUUAUUCAGUACUUGAUAAGAGCCACGAUGUACUUGGAUCGCAGAACUUAUUGGACCACAUAAUCGAAGAUGACGAAGUAAUGGAUCAGGUGAAAUUGAAAUCAACAUCCGUGAAGUCUACAAAUGUAGAUGACGAACAGAGCACCGACGAUGAAAACAUCUUUGACGCAGCGACCCAAGUUAAAAUCCAUGACGAGAAUGAUGGCAAAGAUGCAUCUCAACACGAUGCGACCAAGAUUUCGCAGGGAACAGAUGAUUCCGACGAAACGAAUCAAGGAGUAUUUCAAAGUUACUCCUACGUCAGAAGCAAAGACAGUAAGAAAUCCUCCCAGCAUGAAGCUAGCGACGAUUCGGAUACCGACGAAGAGGGUCAGUUUGUGAAAAUAGCUUUACAAGAAAGGCAGAAUAUUUCUUCUUCCUUUGAAAAGCGACGAAGCGAUGUCAGCGAAAUGAAAAAUAGUCGCGGCUCGAGCAAAGACUCGGAAGAUAUGUUUAAUAUGCUUACUCAACACGUGAACCCGGCAAAUAAAAAUGCGAUGAUCGUGGAGAACGAUGGCGAUGAAGUCUUCGAUGCGCCCACGCAAGUAGUAGAGAAAUUCAAAACAGAUAUAAAAAUAGAAGACAGUGAUUUGAUGCCAACACAAAUUCUGUCGACGGUCGAAUCUCCUGCGAAAGAAGUUCCUUCGGUCAGUUUAUCGAAGCGUAAAGAAAACGCAGUCGAAGAUGACAUUACUGAAAUAGAGGACGAUGUAGCUACUCAAAUAAUUACUCCUCCAGAGGAUCGUGAUAAAUCACCCAGUCCGAAUGAAAAUCAUUUAAAAAAGACCAGCAUCGAUGGCAUUGACUAUGAAACGGCGCCUACUCAAUUAAUCAGCGAUGUCGAGAGAAACAGAUCAACGAGAAAGUCUAAUGUAUCCAAGAAAGUAAAUUUUAAUGAUUCUUUGGAAAAAAAUCUGAAUGCAAUGUUCUGUGGUGAAAACGAGGAUUCCCUUGAAAAUCAGGAAGAGAUAUCUACUCAGGUUCUUAAAAACGUGUUGCAAUCAUCUCAAUGCAAUGAUGAAUCACAAAAUGAAAAUUCUAAAUCUAAUUUAAAUAGCAAAUCUCCGACGAUCGAUAAGGUACAAAAAUCCAUCGAAAGAAGAAAAUCUAAGGCAGCUUCAUUAGGCAGAAAAACUUAUAAUUUAAGGGAUGCAAACGAUGAUAGCAACUCCCAAAAUAUGGAGAAUUAUUUCUCUUCCUUUACUUCAGCGCGGAAACGCAAUGUCCUAGCGGAUUCCCAAGACCUAUCUGAUUCUAGCGAAGAUACAUCCGAUAAUAAAACGAAAAAGAAAUCAGCUGAUGAAUUAACAGCUGUUGAUAAUACGAAAGAUAAUGUUGACGAAAGUCCAUCUAGAUCCAGAUCUAAAACUCCAUCAACGCCAAGAUCACUGAGAAGAAGUAAACGCGAAGAAUCAACAGUAGUAGAAGAAAUAGGGGUUCCUAAAAGUAUCAAAGAUACAUCGAUUGAUACCGAAGAAUUUAAAUCGUCGAAACCUAACCCUAAAAAUUCAUCAAUGCCAGAAUCGACGGAAAAAAGUAAAUGGCAAGAAUCAAAAGUUGUAGAAGUAUCGAAUCCAGAAACUGUCGCAGGUGUAAGCACAUCGAAUGAUACAGAAGAACCUCAACAAAGUAAUAUAACGUACGAUUACGAAGACAUAUUGGACGGUUUGCCAGAGGUUAGAAUUUCAAAUACAAUAUACAAUUACGAAGAGACAGUGGACGACGCGCUAGAGGUUAGAAUUUCAGAUAAAUUAUCGAAUCCGCCAAGUCCAACAUUGGCAACACCAAUGGCUCGUAGAAUGAAUACUCGGUCGAAGAAGAAUACUGAGAAUGUUGUUUCAAAAAAGAAAAGGGUUGGAGGAAAAUCGUCUCGAAAAGCAUCGGUUGGUCGUAAAAACACGGAAAACGCUGUGCCUUAUCAGUUUAUCAGUAAAUCGGACUCGUCGAGUCGUCGGGGAAGCAUGCCGCAGGAACUUCCUGUCAACAUCAACGCCGACGUGCCCAGGGAAAUAGACGAGAAAGUAAAUAAAAAUUCUAAGCGAUUAACGAGAAAUUCGAUAAUCGGUAGUUCACAGAUAAAGAAGGGAAACAAUUCUCUUCGCGAUAGAAAAUCGAUUCCUUCCAAUAGUAACGUGCAAAAACAGACGAGCCAGAGUCCUUCCGUUCAGAAUAGCGGAAGAACUCGUAAUUCCAGUAAAAGGGAUGUUGAUCGUUCGUCUAUUUUUCAGGUAGCAAAUGAAGCUCCGAUCGAAAAUAUUACCGAACCUGCGGAACCAAAUACCAACGCAUCUCGCAGUAGAAAGAGAACGCUUAGCGCAGUGGAAGUGGCUGAAAGUAGCGCUAUUAAAAAACUUCGAGAAGAUGCUGAUGAAAGUACGCGUGCAUCUACCAGAGGUCGAAAGAUUAGCGCCAAAAACAGUCCAGUCAACAGAAGAUACUCCGCAAACAUUCUGAACUUUGUUACUAAUAAAAAUUCACCGAUCGAUAUGAAAACUAAAGAAAACUCAAAGUUACCGCUCGAUGAAACAAAUUUAAUAAAUAAACAAGCGGUGAUUAAUCUUGUUAGAUUGACAUCACAGAGUCCAACAGGAUCAAUGUCUCCGAGUGCCCCAGUAGAAUCGGUGGCUAAAGAUACCGUAACUGAUGUAACGAAACAAACUCGGGUUGAUGAAACGUCCAAGGCGAAAAACCGUAAAACUGUUUCGAAACUGCGUCAAGUUAGGAGCCGAAAAGCAAACAAACAGCAGGAAGUUACGAUAGAAGAUAGCAGUUCGCAAGGAGAGGAAUCGCAAGAGGUGGAGAAAAUCAUGAGCGGUUCGAUGAUGGAGCAAAGUAUCAAAGAGGAUGCAGAUAUAAAGAAAGAUGUAGAAAGAAAUAAAAAAGGUGUAAACGUUAGGAAUACCAGAAAACGCGCGCAGACAAAUACUCUAACCGAUGAAUACGAAAGCAGUGUUUCUUCUGAAGAUGCACACUUUGAGGUACCCGCUACGAAAAGCAAACGAGCGAAAAUUUCGAAAACUAUUUCAAAUGUUAAGGAAGAAGCUGUUAGGAAAACAAGAAAUAGUAGACAGUCGCUAAGAUCCAGUCAGAUCAAGCCAGAGAUAAUUUCCGAGUCCUCUUCGGAGGAACGUUUAGAAAGUAGCGGUAAUCAGAAUGAUUUGAAUAAUACUGUAAGCAAAACUAAUAAUGCUAAACAGAAAGGAACUAAACCGAAGGCGGUAAAGCUGAAAGGUAACAAGAAACAGAACAAACUUGAAGAAAAGAGUGUUUCCUCAGAAAUGAACUCCAGUGUCGACGAUGCAUCGAUUGUUUCGAUAUCUAAUAGAACUCGUAGAAGUACUUCUUCCAUAUCAUCGCCAUUCAAGAUAAAACAUAAAAUUUUAUUUACGGGUAUACCAGCUACCGAUUACAGAAGGUUAUUAACAAAAUUGGGUGCGUCUCAAGUUGAAGAUCCAACAAAAUGCACAGUAUUGGUUACUGACAAAGUUCGACGAACCGUUAAAUUUUUAUGCGCUUUAGCACAAGCUGUGCCAAUAGUUUCGGUCGAUUGGUUAAUUGAAAGUGAAAAAGUUGGACACUUCAUAGAUCUAGAAAAUUAUAUAUUGAAAGAUCCUGCCGCAGAAGCUACAUUUGGUUUCAGACUAAGAAGCAGCUGGGAAAAAGCGAAACAGGAUAAACUUCUUGAGGGUUACAGUAUUGUAUUGACGCCGAACGUGGCACCGCCACCUCUACCAGAUUUAAAAAGCAUAAUUGUUUCAUGCGGUGGUAAAGCUUUGAUGCGACCACCGACAUCUUGGCCUCGGAAAGCGGUGAUCAUUUCCCGCGAAGAAGAUUUAAUAAACGCAAAGAAAUUUGCUGCCAAAGCACCAGAAACUGUCACUAUCCAGUCAACAGAAUUUAUAUUAACAGGUAUUUUGCAACAAGAAUUGAAUUUCGUUAAAUACAAGUUAACGUAAAUUCUACUUUGUAUAUAUCGGAGUUUAUACAUAUUUCUUAUUUUUCCAUAAAUGUAAAAGUGAAGUAAAUUACAAUAAACGUAAUUUUCUGUUCGUAUAAAAUUUAUUUUAUACCUACUAUUUACAAAUAUAUACGAAAUGUUUUCAGAGAAACUGUACAAUCUGAACUUCGAAUUCUAUAUGCUGAAAUAAACAGAGAAAAGUUUCUUAUUGUAAAUUGGAUACUUCAUUUCCAGCAUACCAAACACCAUUACAGGGACCAUACAAUGAUAAAUAUUUUCAUUACUGAUUAUAAACUUUAUUCAUCAGAAUUACGUACAGAUUUUCAACCCGAUACUUUCAACUUUUAAACAAACUAAAAAAAAACUUAUCAAAUUAAAUGGAAACCUCUUCAACAUACUCGACAAAAAAAUGCAUUUUUUAAAUAUUGAACUUCUUUCGUCAAAUUACCGAACUUAGCAAACUGCUUUCAUACCAAUGGAAUAUUUUUAAUUGGAUGUUCAAUAUCUACAAGUUUUACGUGUAAGUCCAAUACGAAUAUUACCAGAUAUAUCCUAACAUGACGAAAACUACAGACUCAAGUAACUCUGUAUCAAGAGCAGUCCUACCUAAGUAUAUGUUUGGAUAAUCUAUAAAUGGUGAUAUGACUAAAUGACGAUUACAAGAUGCAGUAAACAUUUAUUAUCCCAUGUGUACUAAUCUUAUUCUAAGUGAGAAUCUAUGUUCAGCGAGUAAAUGCAUUGCCGAAGAUAAGAGAUAAAAAAAAAA